CUGCACACGCGAACUCGCCGGUUGACCUCGGAUACACAAUUUGGGACUGCGCUUGCGAGAGAGAGGGAUUCAAUUGGCUUGCACGAUAUACAUACCGUCUUAACUCACCUUCAAGAACACCCACACGUCCCUACCUCCCCCUCCAUUCUCCACAAUGAAUCCAAACAGCGCACCGCUCCCCUCCUCUUUCGACGAAGACACCGAGUUCUACGACGAAUCCCGCGCUGGAAAAAUAUGGCGCCGUUUCCGCGAAGAGCCCCUCAUUCCACUCGGCUGCGGGCUCACCGUCUGGGCCAUUGUUGGCGCAACACGGUCUAUGAAAAGAGGCAAUCACAAGAUGACAAAUCUCUAUUUCCGCCGCAGGUUGUACGCGCAGGCCUUCACCAUCGCGGUAUUGGUGGCCGGGAAUAUGUACUGGCAGAAGGAUCGUGUGAAGCGGAAGGAGUAUGAGAAGCUGGUUGCGGAGAAGGAGAGGAUGGAGAAGAGGGAGCGGUGGUUGAAGGAGUUGGAGGCGAGGGAUGAGGAGGACAAGGUGUUUAAGGCGAGGCUGGCGAGGAGGAUGAGAGCCGCCGAGGGUGCUGAGGGCGCCGAGGGCGCUGGGGGCGCUGAGGGAGAGCUAAAGGGAGUCACGGAGAUGGUGAAGGAGAAGACGAGGGAAAUGAAAGAGAAAGUGGUUGGGGAUGGAAAAUGAGCGCGGAUUCGGGAGGCCGAGGGCACAUUCAGACAUGUAUCCGUAUCUGUAGUUGGGUCAUGUCAGGGAAUCUUGGGGCUUGAUAUCGGUCGUUCAACACCGGUAGCUGGAGCCUUUAUGCCUGCUAGUAAGUGCAUUCGUUGUAUAUAUUUCUUGCUUCUAACAGUUCACAAUCUUGGGUCAAGGGAAAAUGGGUUUGGGAUGGGCGUGUGACACUAUACUCGAUCUUUACGUAUCAUUUAUUGGGCAUCAGAAAGGACUUAUUUAGCUACUUCCUUGUCGAGAAGUCCACCUGAUCAAGGAGUCGACAUAUCGUCUUUAAUCGCCCUAGGAGUACAAUAUCCGCC